CAUGGCGGCUAGCUCACCGCGGAAUCCCCCUCCGCUCCCUGGAGCAGAGAACCAAGACCCACUUUCCGAAAUGGCAGAUGAAGACAGUGACGAAGGGGAGGAUAUAUUCGUUGGCAAUAGCAACCCUGUUGCAGAGUCCUUUCAUCCUGACACAGCCAAUGGUGAAGAACCAGCUGACCUCUUCAGUGAAGAAGAAACCAGCACCGCUGUCAACAGUUCCAUCACAACCUUUAAGUCCAACGGUGUCCAUUCAGACAAUGAGAAUGAUCUAUUUGCAGAGGUCUCGGUGGAGCUGUCCAUGGAGAACCCCAGCACCACAGCCAAGACCUCUGGAGCUGAAUUCACCCCGUCACUUACACUAUCAGCAACACAACCCAGGUCUAUGGAGCAGUUGGAAGAGGAAAAGGAUGAGGACAGCUUUGACAUGGACGUUGCUGUCACCAAUCCAGAGAAAAUUGGAGAUGGCAUGAACGCUUACAUGGCCUACAAGGUGUCCACUCGGACUACAUUACCCAUGUUCAGGAACAGGACAUUCUCGGUGUGGAGGAGGUUCAGUGAUUUCCUUGGGCUGUAUGAGAAGCUGUCGGUGAAGCACUCGCUGAACGGCUGUAUCAUCCCUCCACCACCAGAGAAGAGCGUUGUGGGGAUGACCAAAGUGAAGGUGGGAAAGGAGGACUCUUCCUCGGCUGACUUUGUGGAGAGGAGGAGAGCGGCUCUGGAGAGGUACCUGCAGAGAGUAGUGUGUCACCCGUCCCUGUUACAAGACCCUGAUGUCAGAGAGUUCCUGGAAAGAGACGAGCUGCCUAGGGCGGUGGGUACACACACACUGAGUGGAGCUGGCUUCCUGAAGAUGAUCAACAGAGCAUCUGAUGCUGUCAGUAAGCUGACCAUCAAGAUCAGCUACUCGGACGCUUGGUUUGACAACAAACUGCAGGAGGUGGAGAGCGAGGAUCUGCAGCUGAGGAAACUCCAUGCGGUGGUGGACUCCCUGGUCAACCACAGAAAGGAGCUCUGCGGAAACACAGCAGUGUUCGCCAAGAGCAUGGCCAUGCUGGGCAACUCGGAGGACAACACAGCUCUGUCCCGGGCCCUCUCCCAACUGGCCGAGGUGGAGGACAAGAUGGAGACGCUACACCAGGAGCAGGCGGCCAGCGACUUCUUCAUCUUGGCCGAGCUGCUGGCCGACUACAUCCGCCUACUUGGAGCCGUCAGGGGCUGUUUUGAGCAGCGCAUGAAAACGUGGCAGCGCUGGCAGGAGGCUCAGAGCACCCUGCAGAAGAAGAGGGAGGUUGAGGCAAAGCUUCUGUGGGCCAACAAGCCUGACAAACUACAACAGGCCAAAGAGGAGAUUACUGAGUGGGAGGGUAAAGUCACUCAGUAUGAGAGGGAUUUUGACAGGAUCUCUGUAACCGUUCGCAAGGAAUUCCUCAGGUUUGAGAAAGAGAAGUCCAAGGACUUCAAAAGCCAGAUAGUGAAAUAUCUGGAGUCUCUUCUACAGUCUCAACAGCGGCUCGUAAUGUUCUGGGAAGCAUUCUUGCCUGAAGCAAGAGCGAUAGCAUGAUGAAGCUUGAGGACGUUAGGAAGAGAACGACUGCCUUUUUGAACACUUUACCUCCUGACUAUGUACCCAGAAGACAAUGCAACAGAGGGGACAACUACUCUACAGCUCAUCCAUAUUCUUUUAGCAUUAGUCAUUUAUUUUCCAGCUUUUCAGUAAUGCUCUACAUCAGCACAAUGUAUUGAUUCAACAGAGAUGAAUUUGACAGUAUAGCUUUUCUAUGUAAACAUGUCAGUGGUGUAAGUGGGAUAUUUUUUUACUCUGUGUUCUUGGGCCACCCUUACUCAGAUAGGAAGAGUUUGGCUUUCCAAUCCUAAAGUGUUCACAUUUUGAGGUACUUCCCUAGAGUAGUAGUGUUUGUUUACAGUGGAGGGCAGUUCAUAACUGUUUACAAAAGCUCAUGAAAUAACUUUUGGAUCCACAAACGCAUAGGGGAAUGUAGUAAAUUGUGUGUGUCCUGUGAAAUACCACUUUGACUAGAGAGCUCAUUCAAACUGAAAGACGGACUAAUACCAACGGUCCUCAAUUUGUGCAUUUCCAGACCUACAGUGAAGGGACAAAAUAAUGGAAGCACGGAGUGUAUGUUUAUGGUGACCCAUCCGAUGAGUGUGCCUGCCUGUGUCUUUGUGUGUGUUCACCAUUGUUUGAUCAUCUGUUUCCUCAAAUAAUUAUGAUCAACAACAGUCUUUCUGAACUGACCAUCAGUAUAUUUUUACAUCUGUGUUCAAACAUGUAGCCUCAUUGAAUUCAAUGUGAUUGUGAAAUGUGUCAUGUUCAGUGGUUGAAAAAGUACUAAAUGUUCAUACUUGAGUAAUAGUACAAAGUUAAAGUCAAUGCUAUACAUAAAAUUCCUUAUAUUAAGCAAACCAGACGGCACGAUUUUCUUGUUUUUUAUUUAUUUACAGACAGACUGCGGCACACUCCAACACUCAGACAUAAUUUACAAAAGCAGUAUUUGUGCUUAAUGAGUCCGCCAGAUCAGAGGCAGUAGGGCUGACAAUGCGUUAUAUAGAUAGGUGUGUGAAUUGGACCAUAAUUCUAUCCUGCCUCAGCAUUCAAAAUGUAAUGAGUUCUUUUGGGUUUCGGGGUUGAUGUAUGGGAGUAGUACAUAUCUUUAGGAAUGUUAUGGAGUAAAAGUAGUCAAAUAUAAAUAGUAAUGUAAUGUACACAUACCCAAGUAUUUUUUUUCUUAAGUACUUUAAACCACUGGUUAUGUUUCCUCACAAUUUUGAUAAACUAGCAACAGUGCUUGACUUGGACUGAAAUAGGUGUCAGUACUCAUUUUGGGUGCUGGUACUGUUAAGGUGCAGGAACUCCAUAAUACUUUUGAACUAAAUAUUCUAUAUAAGGUGCAGGAACUUGAGCAGUAGAAAAUUAGGUACCGGUAUUCAGUUCCGGUUGGGGUUAUACCCAAAUCCAGCACUGACUAGCAGUGUGUAAUGAUGAUGAAAGCAUAGUGAUAACAAGUGUUGGCUCCUUUAGUUUUCUUACCCAACAUUUAUAUGAGUGUCUGUUCUUUUUCCUCAAGAUGUGCUUUAUUUUUUGUAACCACUCGCAUUUAGAUAAGAUAUUCCUGAAAAUUCUAUAGAAGGGAGUAAUAAAGAUGAUUGAUUGAACUUCG